ACCGGGGUUCGAUUCCCCGGAUGCGCAUCUUAUUGUAUCUAGAUUUUUUGCUAACUUUUCUUGAAAGAUGCUCACUUUCUCCUCUCCCCUAACUCCCAGCAGGACCAAACUACAUGUCUUCCUCUGCAACUCUAUCAUCAGAGCCUUCUGUCAAUCCAAAAUCCCAGAAAUCUGGUUCUCUGUAGACUAUAUACAAACACAUGCUUAAAAACUCGAUUUUGUCCAAUAACCAUACGUUUCCUUUCCUGUUAAAAGUCCCUGGAUGACUUCCAUGUGUUCAAGCUUGGGCAAAGGAUACAUGUCCAUUUCAUAAAAAUGGUUCAUGUUGAUGAUAUUCAUGUACAGUAUUGUUUGUUGAGUGUCUUCAUGCACCAUGUAGCUAAAUGGUGUUGUGUCGCCAACUGUUUGAUGAAAUGCGUGAGAGAGAUGUGGUCUCAUGGAUUGUUUUGAUUACAGGGUAUAAUUGUGCUAAGAAGUAUGAUGGAGCGUUGAUCACCUAUGAGCAGAUGCAAUAUGCGGGGAAGAAGAGGUGGGAGUUGGAUAUGAGUUUGAGUGUCUUUUGUAACUUGAAAGGGAAGAAUGUUUAUGCAUGGAAUACUGUUAUUAAUGGGUUAGCACUGGCUAAAAGUAGGGAGGAGGCAGUCUGGUGGUUUAAUAGAAUGGAGCAAGAAGGGUUUAAGCCUGUUGAAGAUGUAACAUUCGUUGAGCCAGGUGCUUUUGCUUGUAGUCACUCAGUUUUGGUUGAUACAGGUCACAAAUAUUACUUUCACUUCUUGAAUGAAAGUAUGGAUUUUUGCCUGGUGCAAAACAUUAUACAUGUAUUGUCGAUCUCUUGGCACUUGCAGGAGAUGUUGAUAAUGCUUUUAGAUUAAUUAGAGCAAUGCCAUUUGGGCCUCCUAAUUGCAUGUGGGGAUCAUUUCUGACUUGUUGAAGAACUUAUGGAAACUUCAAAUUAACUACUUCAGUCUUCCAGCUGCACAGCUUUGUGCCUUGGUAGAGAGGAUGGAGAGGGUUCGUUUCAUCAAUGCCAAAUGCAAGUUUUUGAUGGCCAGACAAAAGGAAUUGAAGUUUUCAAUGUAUAUCAGCUACCUGAUUUUCAUCACAGGUAAAGAAAUUUCCCAUUCCGUG